AUGUGUAUUGAAAAGGCCAUGAUGCCAGCCACAGUGCCAGGAAGACAGUGUUCAGAAGCUGAAUGGCAAGCUUUAAAAAAUCAUAUUAUUAAGGAAAGACAGAGAAAAAAACAAGAACAAGAAGCAGAUGCUGAGGUACAAAGACAAAAAAGAGAAAGAGAGCAGAAGCAAAAACAAGAUGUGAUGACAUUGGGUGAAACAAGAGAACAAAUUAGCACUCUUGAAGCCAGGCUGGCAGCAUUAACUGAAGAGAAACAUCAACUUUUUUUGCAGCUUAAAAAGGUUUUAAAUGAGGAUGACAAUAGAAGACGACAAGCAGUGGUGAAAGAAUCGGCAAAUGAAAUGAUUGGAGUGGGAGGAACAUAUGGUAAUCUUGCACCCCCUGGAAUAUUUUUACAGCCUCUUCCCGGUAGAACACCUCUAUACAAAGUCGGUGCAGGUGCUCCUACCAAUACAGGUCCUCCAGUUCCUUCAAAAAGGGCUAGAAGUCCAUCGCCUCCUGCUUCUCAAGGACCUGGAUACCAUCCUUAUAGUUAUAAAUCAUCACCAGGAUUUCAACAUAAACCUGAAGAUGGAAGAAGAGGGCAUGAAUAUGUUCGUGCCGUUUUAUGGAAUAAAGGCACAGCUGCAACUUAUGGAGGAGUUUAUGGAGUUGCACCCACUCAAUCUGUUUAUUCAUAUUCUGCAGCACCUACUCCUUAUGAACAAGUAUACUUACCCAGGCAGUCUUAUGAUAGUAAACCAGAGAGUGAUAAAAUUUAUCUGAGAGGUCCAACUGCACCAUUAUCAAUUCCUGUUCAUCCUCCUCAACCUGGAAAACCAGGUGGAAUAACUACAGGGUUUCCAGUUAGAGCACCUCAUCAGUCUCAUAGCGUUUAUUUGGGUCAGGGAAGUGGUAAUAAUAGCAGAUUAAUGUAUGGUGGUACCCCUGCAGGAAAUCCGGGAAAUCGUUAUGCUGGUUCUGGAACCAUGUAA